AUGGUUGAGGGCAAGCAGAGAUUUAGGAGGAUUUUUGUAGCUCUUAAGCCAUGUAUUGAUGGCUUUCUAGAGGGAUGCAGACCAUUUAUAGGGAUUGAUGCUUCAUGUUUGUAUGGCAAGUACAGAGGACAGUUGGCAUCUGCAACUGGUAUAGAUGGGCACAAUUGGUUGUAUCACAUUGCAUAUGCAAUUUUUGACACUGAGAAUGAGGACAACUGGACAUGGUUCAUGCAACAGCUGCACAUAGCCAUUGGUGAUGUUCCAAACCUUGUUAUUUGUACAGAUGCUUGUAAAGGUUUGGAGAAGGCUGUUGGAGCUGUAUUCCCAAAUGCUGAAAAUAGGGAAUGCAUGAGACACCUUUACCAGAAUUUCAUGAAGCACUACACAGGUGAUGUUUUCACUGAUCACCUAUACCCAGCAGCUAGGAGCUACACAAAAGGAAUGUUCAAAUGGCACAUGAAGAAAAUAUUUGAUUUUGCACCUGGAACAAUUGAGUAUCUUGACACGCACCAUAGUAGGUUAUGGUACAGGAGUUCUUUUUCUGAAAACAGCAAGUGUGAUGCCUUGACUAAUAAUGUGUCAGAGAGUUUUAAUGCACAAGUGAAGAAAUUCAAGGGUCUAUUGCUGCAUGAACUAGUAGACAAGUUGCGGGAGUUGAUAAUGGAGAAGAGAUACUUGAGGAAGAAACUGGCUAGACAGUGGCAUGAUAGGAUUCUCCCUAAUGUUAUUAAGGAACUUAAUCUGAUUAGCAAUCACCUGACGGUCCUCAAAGUAUCUCUGAGUACUUUUGAAUCCAUAAGAGCAAUGUUUGCCUUACUUUGGGAUUGCCAUGAAAUCGAGCAUGGAGGUGAUGACAAAAUUGAAAGAAGCACAAGUGAGGUACAGGAAUUGUUGACACCCCUUAUGCCCAAUGUAGAAGGUAGCUCAAGUGGGAAGAGGGACAAGAAUCAGAAGCUUUCCGAAUCUUAUACAAGUUAUUCAGACCAUAGUCACAAAGUUCCCGGGUCGAUGGGGACGAGGGACGGGGUCGAGGAACGUGGUCGUUUUUGCAUAGUCACAAAAAUGACCCUGCGUUCCCGGGUAGGGGACGAUGUUUCCGGGUUGAGGGACUCUGCCACUGACCCCGUUUCCGGUGACUAUGAUUCAGACGCAGAAUCUGUGGAUGAGGAACUCUGCAGUUUCCUUGAUCCUAAUCGCUUGCCAGCCGAUGAUUUCACGAAGUUUCUGAGAAAUGAUCUGAAGCCCGGUAAUUAUCCUAUGCCAAUUAGGCUUAAGGGGGGUAUGCGCUUGAUUAAUACUUUUGAAGAGGAAUUUGUCGAAGAUACAUGGAGCAAACUCAGUAAAAAGAUUGCUUUAGAUUUAUCCCGAAGUGUUGUCUCACUUGCUUCAUUCAAAGGAGAAGAAAGGGUUUUUGCUUGCACUGGUAUAUUUAUAGACUUUGAUGGAUCCACCUCCACCUCAACAGUUCUGACUUCAGCAAGUUUGGUUAGAGCUUCUGCUGAUGAAUACAAGAUAGCUGAUGACUUAAAGAUUAAAGUGUACCUUCCAAAUAAGCAACUUGUUUUUGGGACAUUGGAACGUUGCAAUUUGAGUUAUAAUAUUGCUGUGGUGAGUGUCAAGGGUUUCCGUUGUCUUCGAACCGCAGAAUUGCACAAUCAGGUGCAAAUUGAACCUCUUAAGGAGGUAGUAGCUGUAGGGCGUAUCUUUGAAUCAGGCAAAUUAAUGGCCACAAGUGGGAUACUAUCUGAGAAAGGAAGCAAUCUCGACUGCAAAGAGCUUAUGAUCUCCACUUGUAAAGUGACAAAGGCUGGUAUUGGAGGCCCCCUGGUUGAUUUUGGUGGGAAUUUCAUUGGCAUGAACUUCUAUGGUAUGGAGGAAACACAUUAUCUACCAAGGUCUAUGGUUCAGAAACUUUUUGAAAGGUCUGAUGUUGAUGAUGCAAGCUACGAGAAGCGAUACAGAUGGCCUGUGCCCAAGCCACGUUGGUCCUAUCCUUCUAGGGUACAGCCGUGGUCCAAAAGUCUCGUACACGAUUGA